UCCUGGCCGAGGGCCGUGCGGCCCCGCGGGCGGCCGGCUGAGACGCGGCCCCCGGGCCGGCGCCGUUCGGAGGGCAUGCAGCCGGCAGCCAUGGAGUUCAGCGCCCCGGCCGGGCUGGAGCCGCAGCGCGGAGACUCCGCGGAGGAGGUGGACCUGAGCCUGGUGCACCAGGCGGCGUCCGGCGGCGACGUCCGCGCGCUGACCGCCCUGAUCCGGGAGGACCCCGCCGUGCUGGAGAGCCGCGACACGGAAGGCUGCACGCCCCUGAUGCACGCGGUGUCGGGACGGCAGGUGGACACGGCCAAGCUGCUGCUGAAGAUGGGCGCCAACGUCAAUGCCCAGGACGCCGAGGGCCGCACCAGCCUGUGCCUGGCCGCCUACCUGGGCUGGCUGGAGGGCUGUGUGUGUCUGCUCCGUAACGGCGCCAAGCACGGCAUCGCAGACCGGAACGGCCGCCUGCCCCUGCACGCCGCCACCGCCGAGCCCGACGUGAGGCUGCUGACGGUGCUGGUGCAGCAGUGCGGCCUCAGCGAGGUCAACCACCAGGACGGCGAGGGGAUGACCCCCCUGCACUGGGCGGCCUUCCACAACCAGCCCCAGCACGCUCAGGUGCUGCUGCGGAGCGGGGCCGACCCCACGCUGGUGGACAAAGACUUCCAGACGGCGCUGCACUGGGCCGUGCAGAGCGGGAACCGGCUGCUGUGCUCCGUCAUCCUGAGCCACCACCAGGGCCCGUCCAUCAUCAACUGCGACGACGAGAGCGGGAAGACCUGCGUGCACAUGGCCGCGGCCGCCGGCUUCAGCGACAUCCUGGCCGAGCUGGCCCGCGUGCCCCAGUGCAACCUGCAGGCCCUGGACGUGGACGACAGGACCCCCCUGCACUGGGCGGCGGCGGCCGGGCAGGCGGAGUGCGUGCGCGCGCUGCUGGACCUGGGCGUGGACAGCAGCCUGCGGGAUGCCCACGAGAGCGCGGCCCUGGCCUACGCCCUGCGCUGCGGCCACGCGGCCUGCGUGCGGCUGCUGGCCCGCGGCGGGCCCAGAGUGGAGCCGGCCCGGGCCCUGCCAGCCCCGAGCGGCCGUUCCCCGGGGAAGGAGGGCCGAGGCCGCGCGCUCCGCCAGAUCUGGGGCGGCGGCCGGAAGGGGCAGCGGCGGGCGGCGCCCGAGGACGCCGGGGAGCUCACCUCCGGCGUGGACGACAUCAUCGCCACCUUCGAGGGCGCCGCGGAGGCCCGCCGCCCGGAGCAGGGGCCCAGGGGGGACGCCAGCCCGAGGGGCUCCGGGGGCCGCCCGCACCCCCUGCCCCAGCAGAGGCCGCCCGCCCGGCAGGAGCUCCCGCCUCUCCGGGCCCAGAGCCUCCCGCCCAUCGCCUGCCUGCGGACGGCUGCCCCCGGGGGCGCCCCCCACGCUGGCCCCAGGCCCCGGCAGAGCGGCAGCAAGCAGGACCCGCUGAGCCACAGGCCCGGCGGCCUCGCACCGCCCUGUCCCUGGAGGGGCGACGCGGGCCAGGGGCUCCCCAGGGUGUGGCCGGGGCCGCCUGCCGAGAAGCUGCUGGACCGGCUGCUCCCCGGCAGGUCCCGGCUGCAGGACAUCCUGGGGCCUCCACACCGGCCGCACCUGCCUCCGCCCUCAGCAGGACCAGGUUUCCCGCAUCUCUCCCCAAACAGACCCAGGACCAGGGGCCCGCCCUUCGCCCGGACCAGCCUGGCCCCCCUGGCCGACCAGAAGUUUCUGUCCGGAGAGUCCCUGUGGACCAGCCGCGUGCUCCCCGCCAUCCCCAGCCAGCGGGGCCCCGGGGCCGCGGAGGAGGGCAGGAGCGCUGAGCGGGCCACUCGGUCCGAGGGCAGAGACUGACUCCGCGAACCAGGCCCGGGAGCCACUCUCCGCUCCAUAACCGGACGUCCUCGUUCCAGCAGAGCGUCUCCGGGGAGGCGGGGAGCCGGCCGCGUCCGAGGGCGUCCGUGGCGCCACGCAUGCUCUCCGGCCUCGGCUGCUGUGCUUCUGCCCAGCGGCUGCAGGCCCACGGCUGUGACUUAGAGCUCGGGCUCACACUGUCCCCUGCCGGCGUGUCUGCGUGCUGCUGGGACUGAUUGGAAGUUCACAGCUCAGCCACACAAGAUCACAGUCACUCCGUGUCAUUAUAUUUUUAAAUAUGUUUUUAUUGAUCUCAGAGAGGAAGGGAGAGAGAGAAUAUCACCAUGGAUUGGCUGUCUCCUGCAGGCCCCGCACUGGGGGUCAAGUCUGCAAGCCGGGGUGUGUCCUGAUGGGAAUGGAACCGUGGCCUCCUGGUUCCUGGGUCCACGCUCAGCCACGGAGCCACGCCGGCCUGGCUCGGGGGAAAGACUCCAGUGGCAACUGCACAAGUCAGACAGGCACCGUCCACCCCAGUGCCGACGCGCUCAGACCCCGCUGUCUGCACCAGACACGCCGCGUCCUGCUGGUUUGUGAGCCGUGUGGGCACGGAGCCCGGGACGGCUCUCCCGGGCACGCUGGCCGCUGCGUCCCCAGCGAGCGGGGCGGCGAGGGCCGGCUGUGCCAGAAGGCGUAAGGCCAGCCCAGGAGGCACGUCCGGACCACGGUCGGGCGAACCCAUCGGGCCUGAGGAACGGCCUGCAGCCCGCCCGGCCAGGCCCCACCUCCCGGUCGGCGGGCGGAGUGCUGGGCCUCGGAGCCCGCCAGGCACGGAAGCCCUGUUUCAUGAAACAACGGAAAGGGAGAGUGGCUGAGGCCGUUUCGCUGGGGAACGGGGAUGUGGUCUGGCUUCGCCCGGAGCAGCUGGACACAGCUCACGGCGCGGCUCUUUCCCAGGACCUCGUGGGUGGCCCUGCGGCAGCGUGGUGAGGGUCAGGGUGCAGCUCUGUCCGGCAUCCCAUGUAUAGCCCAUGUUCACCCCCAAGCCAGGCCCCCGUCCAUCCCACGCCCCCUUCUCUGUCCCCCAUCGGCGUGGCUGUCCGCGUCCGGGAUGUGGUUCCUGACGCCUGGCCGUGAGGAGGCAGCUUCAGGCUCCCGCCCGGCUCCGUUGUCUGUUUGUUUCAUGAUCCUUUUUAUUGUUUUCCGUGAUUCCACCCGUUUUGCAGUCCUGGCCUCAGUAACACCCCGUGGCGGCUUCCUGCUCCAAUUCCCCUCCUCCCGGCCUGCACCAGGGAGGGUGCACCCACUGCCCAGGCACCUCCCGCCUCCGGCCAGGACCCAGGCCCCCCCCCCGGGACUGGGUUUGUGUGACAC